AUGAUCCGUUCAAUACAAUCACUUGAACUCAAGUUGAUAAGCUUAUCCUCAGAAAUUGAAGAGAUUUUAGGUGAGAUGAAACACCUCGAUGACAAUUGUUUGAACGAAAGUAUUCCAAACAUCGAAACAUUACUUGAAACCACAGACGUCAAAAGUUCCAUCAAAUCACUCGAAGCCAUUUUCGACCGCCUUGGUGAGUCUAUUCUCCGUCGGAAGAACAUCGAAAAAACAACAUUUGAAUUGCAAGAAUUGUUGGGGGAGUGUGCACUUACCAAACAAUUGUUUGAUUGGUGUCGUAGUAAAGAAGAGGAAGAGACGACCCAAAACAACCAACUAGUUACAAAGCUAGUUGCGCUUGAAGAUAAGCUUUACUCCAAUGAAAUUGAUUUGAUGCUUUCAAGACGAAAAGAAGUGAAUGUGUCACGAAAGAACGAAUUGAUGACAAAGUAUAUAAUGAAAGACAACCCAUUGGUAUCAAACAUGAACAUGAUGUUUGGCGAAUACAACGUGCGUCUAAUUGAAAAGUGGUCUUCAUCCAAAGUGAGCAAAAUAGUGUUUGACACAUUAAGUGAUGAGUAUAGUACAUCAACUGUAUUUUUCAAGAAAACAGAAGGAUUGAAGAAGCUUGCCAUCUUCAUCAAAGAUAGUAACUCGAACAUUUUCGGAAGGUUACUGUCAGGUACCUUCUUAACAAGUGGAAACGUUUUAAGCUCAUCAGACGGAUUUAACUUCAUCUUGAAAAUUGGGAACAACACACAGACGCGAAUCAAAAUAGAUAAUAACGUGUUUGACUAUUCGGGGAUGCCUGCUCUUAAGAAUCAAUUUUUGGUCAUUCCCGGUGCAUUCUCUCUUGGGAAGUUUGGUGAGGAAAAUCUGUGCUAUUUGUCUCGUGCAAAUUUUGGGAAUGAAAAUUUGCUUGGAACGCCGAGUAACGGAAGGUUUGCAUAUAGAAGAGUGGUCGUUGUUGAAAUGGUGUAG